UUUUGCCAUCCUAUUCUUACUCUCAUCCUUAAUUUUUAACUCCCAGUUAAUUAAGCACUUCAAAUGGCUGCUAGUGCUCAGGUUGAAUCAGUUCCCACAAUAGGAACAGAGAAUGUUCCAGUUGAUGUUGAGGUGAACACAACCAGUGAGGCUCCAAGGGAAGAAGAUGUGGCCCCACUUAUUGAAUUAGAAACUCCCCAAGAUGAUCAAGAAGAGGCUGAAGAUAGCAAAGAAGUGGUGGAUUCUGAAGCUGAAGAAACAGAAUCAAAUGAUACUGAUGAAGCAAAUUCAGAAGAAACGGUUGCCGAGGAAGAAGAAAGUCCUGCUGAUGAGAUGGUGGUGAAAGAGGAAACCGUGGUGGCUCCGACUGCUACUGCUUAGGUUGUGGUGGCUGGAAUCUGUUGGCACAGAAGUAAGAAGUUGCAGGCUAAAGAGUAUUUAGAUUCAAAGAUUGGGAUAACGAAUUUCUAAUACUAAAUCUAAUACUGUUAUAGCUAUUAUUGUUGUUACUACUAUUACUAUCAUUAUUACUAUUAUUAUUAUUAUUAUUAUUAUUAUUAUUAUUAUUAUUAAAGAAUUUA